AUGGCGCGUAGGGCGCAGGGCGGGCGGGCCCUGGCUCCGUCCCGGCGGCUGGCGCGGAGGCUGCUCUUCCUGCUGACGCUGUCGCUGUCCUGCUCCUACCUGUGCUACAGCCUGCUCUGCUGCUGCGGCGGCCCCGCCGCGCCCCGCGCCCGCUGCGCGCCCGCCCGCAGCGCCGCCGCCGCCAAGAAACUUCUGCAGAAGUCGCGGCCGUGCGGGCGGCCGCCCGCCGAGCCCCCGGGCAGCGCCGCGCCCGCCCGCCGCCCCCGGGAGCCCCCCGCGCCGCCGGCCGGCAGCGCCCCGGGGCCGGGCCGCCCGGGCGCCAAGCGGCUGCCGCAGGCCAUCGUGGUGGGCGUCAAGAAGGGCGGCACCCGCGCCGUGCUGGAGUUCAUCCGCGCGCACCCCGACGUGCGCGCCCUGGGCACCGAGCCCCACUUCUUCGACAGGAACUACGAGAAGGGGCUCGAGUGGUACAGGAGCCUGAUGCCACGAACGCUCGACAGCCAGAUCACGGUGGAGAAGACCCCCAGUUACUUUGUCACCAAGGAGGCGCCGCGGCGGAUCUUCAACAUGUCGCGGGACACGAAGCUGAUUGUGGUGGUGAGGAACCCGGUCACCCGCGCCAUCUCGGACUACACGCAGACGCUCUCCAAGAAGCCAGACAUCCCCACCUUUGAGGGGCUGUCCUUCCGCAACCGCAGCCUGGGGCUGGUGGACACCUCCUGGAAUGCCAUCCGCAUCGGGAUGUACGCCGUGCACCUGGAGAGCUGGCUCCAGUACUUCCCCCUCUCCCAGAUCCACUUCGUCAGCGGGGAGAAGCUGAUCACAGACCCGGCUGGGGAGAUGGGCAAAGUCCAGGACUUCCUGGGCAUCAAACGGGUUAUCACAGACAAGCACUUCUACUUCAACAAGACAAAAGGCUUUCCUUGCCUGAAAAAAACAGAGAGCAGCAGCUCGCCACGCUGCCUGGGCAAGUCCAAAGGGAGGACUCACGUGCAGAUAGACCCCGAGGUGAUAGAGCAGCUCCGGGACUUUUACAGACCUUACAAUAUCAAGUUCUAUGAAACAGUCGGGCAGGACUUCAGGUGGGAAUAAGCACCCGGGAGCAGAGCUGUGGUGACGUGAUGCUGCAGUCUUCCACAGGGGUGGCCUGUGGGGGCCAGGGCCGGAGCCAGGCCCUGCAGCCAGCCUGUCCCUCCUGGAAACCCCAGGCACAGGCGGGGCAGCAUGCCGGGAUGCUGCAGGGUGAGCGGGGCUGGGGGAGACGCAGAGUCCUGCUGCGGCCACUGCAGGAUGGGUGCCAGCAGGCGUUGCCCAUCCCAGCAGGUCGGUGGUGUGGUGGCUUGUGCUGUGGGGUCCCGCUCACUUGUACAGCCCUGUGGUCCUGGGCCACGGCAAUGGCCCCACCUUGCAGCCCGUGCACAGGCUCCUCCAGGGCACACCCCUCCAUGGCACCGCAAAGUGAACCAGGGCCCCCUGGGUAGUCCCAGGCCAGGGGAGUGGAGGCGGCAUCGCUGUCUGUGGGGUCAGGGCAGGCAGGGCUCCAGCUGCUCUGCUUCGCCUUCCAUCACUGC